AGAAGUUCGAUCUGACAGCAAAGUAAUAGUCUAUCGACACUGGCCAGUCAUUCUAAAGAUUUCGAUGUUUACUAUACUUCGGUUGUGUGAUCGCUUAAAGUAUUUCUCUUUUUAAUAAUAUUUCGAUUCAUUUUUUACGAUGAUAUCAAAGAGUAUGAUAAUCUUCUAAAACAUGCGCAUACUUACGUUUACUUUUAAACUUUUAACGAUAUGUGGAUGUUGGCGACCGGAUUCUUGGUCAUCGUUGCAUAAACGAGUAGCAUACAACAUGUAUACAAGUAUAAUAGUUUUAUUGCUAAAUUCUUUUCUGCUAUCGCAAUUGAUGGACGUAAUCCUAACAGUGAAUAAUGCCGACGAUUUUUCUGAUAAUUUCUUUGUACUAAUUGCUAUGUUUAUUUCUUGUUGUAAACUAUUUAUUUUGCUUAUGAAUCGUAAAAAUAUUAUCAUGCUGAUCAACAUGUUGAUGGACAAACCAUGUAGACCGUCGAGAUCGACAGAAAUGAACAUUUUUGAUAAAUUCGAUAAAAGCAUGCACAUUAAUACUUGGCGCUACGUAUAUUUGGGAACGGUAACACAAUCAUGUAUCGUGUUAUCUUCUUUAUCUAUAAGCUUCAAAAAUAGAAAAUUAACAUUCAGAGCAUGGUUGCCAUUUGAUUACUCAUCAACGCUAUUAUUCUCUCUGAUGUACACUCAUCAAAUGAUAAGUUUGGUUACUGCAGCAUUUUUAAAUAUUGGUUGCGAUACUCUCAUCUGUGGAUUAUUAGUCCAUAUUUGUUGUCAAAUUGAGAUCUUACUCUAUCGUUUGAGAAAAGUAGUAUCUUAUUCUGACGUUCUUCGCGAUUGCAUACGUCAACAUUAUCAUAUCAUCAGACUUGCAUUUAUUGUAAAUGCAAAAUUUAGACUGACUAUUACUAUCCAGUUUAUAAUGAGUACAUUGGUAGUAUGCUUCAGCCUCUAUCAAAUAAGUAAAAUAGCAACUAAAGCUAAAUAUAUUGAAAUGACAUUAUAUAUAUCUUGUAUGUUAACGCAAAUCUUCUUGUAUUGUUGGUAUGGGAACGAAUUAAAGCUAAAGAGUCAACAAAUGAUUGACAAUAUUUUCGGAAUGGAGUGGUUGACCUUGGAUGAAAAUAAAAAGAAGUCUCUAAUGAUAAUAAUGAGGCGAACGAUUAUGCCUAUUCAGAUUACCUGUGCUUAUAUUAUUCCCAUGAAUAUUGAUUCUUUUAUGGGUAUACUUAAGACGUCUUAUUCUACUUAUAACUUACUGCAAAACAUGAGAAUAUAAUUCUAUGAAAGAUCGAUGGAAUUAAAGUGCUAGGCAUGUCAUAAUGUUAAGGUUUUACUGGCAACGAAGGACUCACGAUAUUAUAUCAAUGCAAAUACAUGAAUUAAUAUUCUUACUAUAAUCAAUAAGUGCAACAUAUAAAUGUUUAAUUGUGCUUGUAGCACUUAAUGAAAAUAAUAUACAUGUCUUUAACGAAAUUCUAAAAAACAAAUAUAUGUGUGAUGUUUUCGAUAAAACUACUUACGCACUUCUCAUGAAAUCAGCACAAAUAUGAUUUAUACAUUAUUGUUAUAUACAUAUAUGUAUGUGAAACAAUAAUAUAUGUAUAUACAUGAUGUGAUAACUUGUUUACUCUAUAUUAGAGACGUGAUAAUGGUUUUUAUCCUUGAUUUCAAUCCUUAAUUUAAAUGGAGAUCACUUCAUACAACAAUAACUAA